CCCUCCAGGUGGAAAGAAAGCCCCAGAAAUCGCCAGGAGAAUGGCCGUGUCCUGGGAGAGAGAUUUCCGACUGGCCUUGCAAGACAAGCUGCCAAUGAAGAUCCCGGAGUGGAAUCCCGGCCACUCCCCGCCGGUGCUGUGUCUCCUGCAGAAGAGGCAGGAGCUGGUGGAUGUGGACCGGGGCCUGCGGGCCCAGAAGGAGGUGUUCCAGAACAGGAUGGCAGUCCUGAUGCAGCGCCAGGAACAGUUGGAACAGAAGAAGCAGGAGCUAAAGGGGUCCUUUUUCCGCUUUGACAAGUUCUUGCAGCUGCUGGAGCAGGUGCUGGGGUUGCUGCCGGAGGAAUCCAAGUGGGUUCAGAUCCAGAACACAGCCGCUGAGAAGACACUGCUCCUGGGCCGUGUGAGGAUGGCGGCGCUCAACCUGUUCCAGUUGGUGAGCCAGCAUCAGAGGCAGCCGCCUGCCCUGGACCUCGAGGACACGGAGGGGCAGCUGGAGCAGGUGAAGCUGUUCCUCCUGGACCUCUCUGCCGUGCUGGCCAGCCUCCCCCAGAGUGAGCCCGAGACCGCGGCCCCCUAGCCCGACCCUGGUGAGUAGUGGGCACACCCCCCGGGGGCUUCUCCUCCCGGAAAGAAGGUGCACAUUUCCUGGGGUGGGGCGGAAUGGCUCUCACCUGGAGAUGGGAGGGCCGUGCCCACUCAGAUGGCGGCGGGACAACACGAGGGGCACAAAGCCAGCACUCAGAACUCGUGGCCGACAUGGGGGCACCCACCCCACCCCCACCACCUGGCCUGGGGCCGGGUUCUUCCUCCAGGGCAGCUGGGGGCAUUAAAAAGCAGGUAUUUGCCAGGUGCUUGCAAUGGGGCCUGGUGCAAAUGCUGGUAAAUUCCAGGUGAGUGUUGGGUUAAGUCAAGUAAAAUCAAUAGGACCAGCAAGAGGGUCUCGGGAGCCGAAACCCACUCCCAGGCACCUGCUCACAAGGCCCCUCCCCGGCUUGAUAUGCAGCUGCUGGAGGCUCCCCUUGACCUUUCAGGACCCAGUAGGGGCCGGGAGCACAGGCCUCGGGCAGGACAGAGGCCUGGCCAGUCCUGCCCGCUUGGUGUGUGGUGGGGCAGGGUGAACCCCUCACAGCCAGAGGAGCAGCUGUGCCCCUGCCCCAGACCCUGCAUCCUGUUGUGUCACGCCCCCCGCCCCACUCCACUCCCAGCUUCGAGGCUGGCCCAGAAGGAGAAAGGGGACUGUCAGCUUUGGGGUUCUCCCACCUUAGGCAACUAACUCAUCCUCUGAGCCUCAUUUUCCUCUGCAAACUGGGGACACCAACAGAACCCAACCUCAGGGGGUCCCCGGGGGAUCCCACGGGACUUGCCCACAUGCUCUCAACUCACCCGGCGUGCUAGCUGGGAUUUCAGUGCCUGGGUCUGUCCCUUCCAACUCCUAGAGUGGACGGCACUUCGGGUCCACCAGAGGUGCUCAAGAAAGGUUUAUUACCUUAAAAAUACAUCACUGGGCCUUGGGCACUCACAGCUCAGACCUGUGUGACCACCACCUCUGAACCCAGAGCACACAGAAGCAGCAGGAGCCGAGUCGCCAAUUCAGGGCGCAAACUCCUAUGCACCCUUCAAGACCUUG